AUGAGCAUGGAGAAGAUGUUGAAAAAGAUUAUGGCUGAUCAAGCCCAAUUAGCUGAUGAUGGUAUACCCAGGUAUGCGAAAUAUGUAAAGGAGAUUGUGGCGAAUAAAAGGAGGCUGACAGAGUAUGAGACUGUUGCACUUACUGAAGAGUGCAACUCUAGAAUCCAAAAUAAGUUGCCCACUAAAUUGAAAGAUUUGGGUAGCUUUACGGUUCAGAUCACAAUAGGGCAGAGCAUUUAUGCGCGAGGAUUGUGUGAUCUAGGAUCUAGUAUAAAUUUGAUGCCGACUUCUUUGUACAAAAAGUUGGGGCUGGGUAGUCCUAAACCUACUACCAUUAUCUUACAGUUGAGUGAUAGAUCUGUAGCUAGACCUAAGGCUGUGUAUGAAGAGUUGUCUGCCAUAACUGUGAUAGAUCUUGAGGCAGAAACUCGCUACAUUGCAUCUAAGGACCCUCUAGAGCGAGUGUGA